GUGGCAGAAGCCAAAAAAAAAGCUCACCGAGGACACCCGAGCUUAAAGCAGAGCACCCUUCCCGUCACACUAGCAGCGAAGAUGAAGGUCAAGUACCCGAUCAUGGGGCUCUCGUACGCCCGCGGGUUCUUCGCGAUCUGCGGUGGCGGCGGCUCGCUCAAGUCCGGCAUCAAGAACACCGUCGACAUCUACCAACUCUCGGACGCGGACCCGACGGGCUUCAGGAAGGAGAUCACGGCCGAUACGGGCCUGGAGCUGGCCUCGGGCGUGGCCUUCUCGCACGACGGCCAGCUCAUCGCCGUGUCCGUGAGCGCCGGCUGCUGGGUCUACGCGCUGGACCUCAAGGCCAAGAGCAUGGCGCUGCUGGUCAAGUUCCGCACGGACUUCCACGAGGACGAGAGCUCGCAGACGUGCGCGCGCUUCGUGGGCAACUCGACGAUCCUCACGGGCGGCGAGGACGGCGUGGUGCGCGUCUGGCGCCUGAGCCGCGACCCGUCCAAGCCCGAGAAGAAGGCGGGCACGGCCAAGGCGCUGAAGGUGCCCGACGAGAGGGACCCGCAUCAGAAGGUGGUGACGGAGGAGCAGCCCAAGCUCGGGGACUGCGUCAUCAAUGGGGUCAACAUGGUCACGCUCACGAGGGAGUACAGGGGCCACACCAAGAGGAUCCGGGACAUUGACGUGGACCUGUCGCACCGCAACUUGGUGGCCUCCAGCUCCGAAGACCAGUCGUGUCAUCUGUGGAGACUCACGGAGGUGACGCCUAUCUGCAAGUUCUCCAAGGACGACGCGCUGGACAUCGCCAUCCAGCGACUGCCCACGAAGCCCGUCGUGGGCCCCAGGAAGCACCUGUUCCGCUGCGUGCGCUUCUCCAACAGUGGCAGGAGACUGUACACGGUGCUGACCCCGGCGCGCGGCGACUCGAUUCUGAUUAAGUGGAAGCCUGAGACCAUCGCACAGGAGAACGAGGAUCAGUGGAACUGGGUGGUGGAGGAAACAACCAUUGCUGGGGACAAACCCGUGGCGAGUCUCUGUGUGAGCCAGGACGACCGCUUCGUCUGCACGGCUGCUGUGACGGGAGAGAUCAAGGUGUUCCUGACGUCCACGCUGCAGCAGUACAAGAAGACGUCGACGGAGCAGCACACGUUUGCUAUCACGGGCAUGAGCUUUGCGCCGCCGGCGGAUAAGCAGGCCCCCGUCUUUCACCUGGUGAGCGGUGGCGCCGACAAGAGCCUGCUACGUCAUGAAGUCCCUCUGGAAGGUGGCAUCGUCAAGUCAGGAUUUGAGAUUGUCGUGGGCGGCGUGAAGAGUGUGGUCGGCGCUACGGUCGGCCUCGGGCUGAACCUCUGGAUGGCUACAACGCUGCUAUUUAUUCUUUUGCUAUUUAUUCAUGCAAAGACCGCGAUGCUCCUGGACGGCCCGUUGACAGGCUUCAGCGAUCUCGCGUCUCUCAGCUUCGACUCGUCUGAUGGUCUGGCGACAAUUGCUGCGUUGGUGGCGAGCACUGUGGUCACGUGGCUAUUUGCAGCACACAGCUCCGUGACGAACCGCUUCUUCUGGAACGGCUUGCUGUGCCUUCUGUCGGGCAUUGUCGCCUUUUUGGUCGCCAUCUCGGCGGAGCUUCAGGUUAGCUGGCAGACUGGCAACGCCGGCGUCGACGAGUUGCUGGAGGCGGCUAGUUCAUCAUCAGACGGUGGCUUCGCAACUGGGGCCUGGAAACAAGUCAACACCUCGAGCUACACAAUCAGAUCUCCGUGCGAGCACCAGCAGUGGACCAUCACGCAGGACACGGCAAGCGCGGUGUGGCUCCACUUCUCCUCAGUCAAUCUGACUACCGGUGCUCACCUGGUCGUCGCUUCAGUGAACGGGUCGAAGGCCAUUACGGUCAGGUCGCUCUCAUCGGAUGUUACCACUACACCCAUUUCCGGCACGGGUGUGGUGAUACAGUACGUACCUCCCUCAAAAGGAUGCCCAACCAGCAGCACUUCGACGAUGAAGUUGGACUCAGUCGGGUACUCGUACCCCGAUGACACGCAGGCGGAGAAUGAAGAGCGGGAAAUCUGCGGGGCGGUGGAUACGAUGAAGAACGUGGUGUGUUUUUCGUCGGGCAGUGCCGAGGACAAGGCCAUGGUCGUCAAAUCGAGGGCGGUGAUGCGGACUCAGCGCACUCGGGAAGAUAAGGCCAUCGUCACGUGCACUGCGUGGCUCUGGGGCAACCAAGGCCACAUCAUCUCGAACAACCACUGCUUCUCGAGUCAGGAGAUGGUGGACGCGGCCAAGUUCGAGUUCGACGUGCAGACUGCUGGAUGUAGUGACGACGGCACCUUUGCGACCUGCCCCGUCGGCAAGACUCUGGUUGGUAAGGCCAACAUCAAGUUCAUCAAGUCGGACAAGACGCUCGACUACUCCGUGUUGCAGAUCACGAGCGACGCUGCGUCCUAUGUGAGUACUUACGGGUUUCUACAGGUUCGCAGCACUGCUCCUACCAAAGACGAACACAUUUACAUCCCGCAACACCCCAAGGGCGGCGCCAAGAAGAUCGCGAAGACCGACAACGACGCCGAUACGAAAGCCGCGACCAUCCUCAACCUCGACUACUCAGUUGCAGUGGAAGGUGUCACCUAUGAGCAUCUCCUCGCGUACUCCGCCGACACGGAGGAAGGAAGCUCCGGAUCGCCCGUGAUUUCUCGUGGAGACAAUGUGGUUGUUGGGCUGCACCGUAUUGGAGACUGCGACAACGCGGCCACCGCAUCGGAUCAGCUCGCUACUGCUCUGAAAGCCAUCGUCACUGGGAACGACGGUAUCAAGGCUGCCUGA